AAUAAACAUACCAGGAAGUGCUGUCACAGCAAUGUUAUACUUAGCGGUUUGUGGCUUAAAUAGAGCCAAUUAUCUAAAUAUGUUUCUCAUUAAAUAGCAAACAAGAGUUCCGACGACUUACAGCUCAGCUCAAUGAACGCUGUCAGCUAAAAUGAAUCUUGGAGAUGGCCUGAUGUUCGAACUGGAAAAUGGAAAACCCCGGCUGAAAUUAAUAAAUAACGGUUCCAAGAAUCCAAAUACGAUACUAUCCAAGCACAGACCUCAGAAUGUUCUCAACUCAAAGCAUCAAGUUUCAAAAGAGCCAGGGUCAGAAGACCUAUCGAAAGUGCAAGGGAAGCGAAGAGACAGAGAGACCAGGAUUAAGGCCACCGCCCCCAAAACGGAGGUCACCAAGAGCGACGUCUCACUAGCUGCACCCAACCCCUCCAAACAAAGGGGCAGAGAUGCCGCAGAAAACCACACCAAAGGAGUGUCCAGAGUACAGCCAUCAGAUCGACGCGGACCAAGCAUCAGAGACGGGUCACCAGAUGCAGAAAAGGACCUGGCGAAGGACACUGUGUGCCUGACGAGCGACCAGAUCCACCACAUCCUCAGCUCCAUCAGCAAAGCUUCCCCUGGCAGCACGCAGCAGCAGGGGAACACGCAGAGCCAGACCAGACCAGGGUAUGCCCAGUCCUCACAGGAGGUCCCCCUGAACGACAGCACAAAAACGGUGGACCACAGAGAGACCCUUAAUGUGAAAAGUAACGCCGGUGCUCAGAAUGGAAUCGCACAAAAGACACAGGAGGACAAGAAGGUGACGAGCGGCUUCUUCACGUCCCUGGGAGAAACAGAGAAGGACAAGGAGGCCUUGGAGACCCGGAAGGCCCAGUGGAGGAGAGAGCUAGAUGAACAGAUGACCAUGAAGGUGCAGCAGAGGAAGACACCAGAGGUAGUAGAUGAGGGUGUGCGAAGGACAGGGACAGGUGACGUGGACGUGGACGUGCUGUGGCCAGCACAGAAAGACCUGCCUGCUGCCAUCCGAUCUGCCUUUGUACUGGGGGAGGCCACGCCGACGGACCAUGCCUUCAUCGUCCAGAAGAGGGCGCUGCAGCGCGCCUGGCUGCAGGACCUGGACCAGCAGAGACAGGACGACAAGCUGCGACACAAGCAGGAGAAACAGCUGCUCAACCAGAGGGAGAAUAACGAACACUGGGCCAGUCACUUUGACUCCCUCCAGAUGAAGCCUCCGCCCCAGCCUCGUCCUCCCCCGGCAGCAGAGAGGGGGGAGUGGGAGGCGCUGAGUCCCCUCAGCCAGCCCAGGACGCUGUCGGGGGCCCUGUCUCUGGCCUGGGAGGCCUCCAGCACCUGUGGAGCCUCCAGCACGGGCCGAGCCAGCGUGGACGCCGCCGGAGUCACACCGAGGGCCAGCCACCUGCGCACCAUGACGGCCCUGCUCGACCCGGCGCAGAUCGAGGAGAGGGAGAGGAACAGGAUCAAGCAGCAGGAGCACCAGCGUGCCAUCGAGGCGCAGGUGGAGGAGCGGCGGCGCCAGCGGGAGCAGGAGGAGGCGGCCAGGGUGGAGCUGGAGCAGGAGGAGGAGAGGAGGGUGGAGCUGGAGAGACAGCAGCUGCAGCAGCAGUACCUGCAGGACACCAGGAGACACCAGCAGAAGGAGGAGUUGCUGGAGCGUCAGACGGAGCAGCUGCACCAGAGCGUGCAGAGAGCACAGGAGGAGGCAGCCAAGGACAAGCACCGGCACAGGAUCAAAGAGCUGGCCCGCAAAGGCCACGACGUGUCCAACCUGCUCCGCUCGCUGGAGGGGCCCCCCACCGCCUCACAGACCCUGCCCACGAGGGAGUCCCCCAGCCCCAGGCAGCAGGAGCCGUCCGGCCGGAGAGAGGAGGCCGUCAGCACGGCUUCUCCCAGGAGGGACGCGGCCGUGCAGACCGUGGCCUCCGUCUGGCCCGCCCCGGCGCCACCACAGCAGGAACACGGCGUCUACACCCCCGACAUCCCCGUGGAGUACCGCCCCCCUCCCUCGGCCCCUCCCCCUCCCAACGCCAAAAGAUCCAGACGAGACCCCAGACAGGUUCAGCCGCGCCAGGGGCCCGGUAAGGAGAACGUCCACAGAGGAGGCGGAGGGGAAGGAGGGGAGGACCCCUACGAGGCCUUCGCCCGGGCAGACGUGGGGGCGCAGGGUGCCCCGGGGGGCGGGCGGAGGCCGGAGUGGAACAGCCAGCGGCCCGUGCGGCGCUUCGUCCCUGCGUCGGAGCGCUACCCAGCAGGCCUGCAGCAGAGCAGGCAGGAGAAGAGGCUCCGCAGGCAGAUGGAGCUCAUGACCCUGGUGGAGAGGAACACAGCCUCCAGAACCCCCCAGCCAGACCAGAACCAGCAGGCCCCCCUCCUGCACCCUCCCGUGCCCAGACAGGCCAGCCCCACCCAGGGCAAAACCAGAGCAGGCUCACCCAGGAAGGUGGAAGGAUCUGUCAGAAGCAUGUCCAACCUCCCAGCCAACCACAAUGAGAGGGGGCGCUCUCCUCCAGUCCCAGCCAUGAAGCACCGUCUCCAGACCCACAGCCCCCCCCUGGAGACUCACAGCCCCCCCUUGGAGACCAACAGCCCCCCGCCUCCAUCAGAGUUCGUCCCCUACGUGAGGACAGAUGAGGUCUACCACCUGGACCCCCUGGCCCCCCUCUCCAGACCCCCCACAGUCCGUCUCCCCCAGGCGAAGGCUCACCCAGAUGGUCCUCGGAGGACAGCAGGGCCCCCCGGGGUGCCUAGGGACCCCCUUCUGAACCCUGAGCUGCUGAAGAACCGAGAGAGGCAGCAGGCCAUCCUGAGGGGCCUCUCAGAGCUGCGCCAGGGCUUGCUGCAGAAGCAGAGGGCGCUGGAGACCGGACUCAACCCUCUGUUCAGGGUCAACGAGCAUCGUAAACAGCCGCCUCCCCUUGAACACAUGUGACCCCUUCCUCCGCCCACCCCCCUUUCCCGCCAGUCCCCUAAGACAGUGUUAACUCGGGAACCCAGCCGUCUCCAAACCUGCUCCUGGACACAUACUCUACUGUGGGUUUUCACCUCAACUCCAGAUGUUCCAGGAACCCAACUCAACACGUCAGCCAGCUUAUCAGAAUCAAGUGUGAUGGACUUGUGUUGGAAGGAAUAUUUGUCUCCAGGAGCAGGGCCGGACACCACUGCUAGAACCCACCUCCUCCAUCUCCUGUUCCCAAGUUAACAGCGUGACUAGCUAUCCUCAGAGGCACAUACCUGGAACAAACAGCACUUUACUUGGUGACGAAUGUGACCCGAUAGCGUGGUUUGGCCCAAAGCUGGGCUGUGGAAGCCCUCCGAGACGCAAGGGUCGGCAGCCCCCUCGAAGGCACUUCCCCUUCUCCCUCCUGUAGUGAGUAGACGCUGUGGAGUGUAACGUGCUGUAUUGGGAGUGUCUGAAUGUAGUGCUGUGAUAACCUCAUUAUUAUUGAAUGUGAUCAUGUGAAGUCUAUAGCGGGUUCCUUUUGGUUUCCGUUGAAUGUGUGUUUUCAAAUGAUUCUAAUAUGCCUCAUGUCCACUAGACCAUGAAGUAUCAACUCUUAAUAUUGAGCUAAAUUCAUUUCAUUGUAUUGUGGUGUCUGAAUUUAAAUAAAAGUAGUUUUC